UUAGCCACCAUGGGGCUAAGACUUGCCGGCCUUUUUGCACUCUGGCUGGCUCUUUCCUGUGCGAACGAAAUUAAAAAAGGCAGAACCCAAAACCAUGGCCACUACGUCUGCAGUACCUGGGGGAACAAUCAUUUCAAAACUUUUGAUGGAGACUUCUACCAGUUCCCUGGACUCUGUGAUUACAACUUUGCUUCUGACUGCCGAGAGUCUUACCAGGAGUUCUCAAUCCACAUCCAGCGUGCUGUGAAUGAAAAUGGACACCCUGACAUCCAAUAUGUCCUGAUCACCAUAAAGGAUGUUGUAAUCUACCUCACCCAAAAUGCGGUUGUCGUGGAUAAGCAAAUUGUAACAACACCAUACUAUAGUUCCGGUUUGCUGAUUGAGAACAGUGAAAUCUACACUAAAGUCUAUGCAAGAGCGGGCCUGGUUCUAAUGUGGAACCGUGAAGAUUCACUGAUGCUGGAGCUGGAUCCCAAGUUUAACAACAAUACUUGUGGUCUUUGUGGGGAUUACAAUGGACAGCAGCUCUACAAUGAAUUUAUCUCUAAUGGCAUGACCUUCAAUCCGAUCAUGUUUGGAAAUAUGCAGAAGAUUAACAAACCCAACACAGUAUGUGAGGACCCUGAUGAAACACAGACUGUCACAACCUGUAAUCAGCAUCGUGAUGAGUGUCUGAGUCUGCUGACUUCUUCAGUAUUUGCUGACUGUGAGUCCCGUCUGAAUCUGGAGAUGUAUGUUCAAGCCUGUAUGCAGGAUAAGUGUGCCUGCCAGGGAGCUGAGGAUUCCUUCUGCCUCUGUAACACCAUCUCUGAGUACUCUCGCCAGUGCUCCCAUGCUGGUGGCCGGCCUGGAAACUGGAGGACAGAAAAGUUUUGCCUUAAGACGUGCCCUGGAAACAUGAUCUACCAGGAAAGCAGCUCGCCAUGCAUAAGCACUUGUUCCCAUUUGGAGAUCAGCAGCCUUUGUGAGGAACACUUCAUGGAUGGCUGCUUCUGCCCUGAAGGAACUGUGUAUGAUGACAUCAGUGGGAAAGGCUGUGUGUCUGUUAACCAAUGUCACUGCAAACAGCAGGGAUCCCUGUAUUCACCUGGGCAAAAUAUCACCAAUGAAUGUGAAGAAUGCACCUGUGAUUCAGGCAGGUGGGUGUGCAAGCAUUUACCCUGUCCAGGCUCAUGCUUAGUAGAAGGAGGCGCUCACAUCACCACCUUUGAUGGGAAGAAAUACACCUUCCAUGGAGACUGCUACUAUGUGCUGUCCAAGGGAGGUAUAAAUGACACUCAUGCCCUCCUGGCAGAGCUGUCUCCCUGUGGCUCCACAGACAAACAGACCUGUUUGAAGACUGUUGUGCUAUUAAUAGACCACAAAAAAAAUAUCUUGGUUUUCAGAUCAGAUGGCACUGUGCUGCUGAAUGAACUUGAAGUGCACUUGCCCCAUGUGACAGCCAGCUUCUCAAUUUUCCAGCCAACUUCAUACCAUAUCAUUGUGCAUACCUAUUUUGGUCUCAAGCUACAAAUCCAAUUGGUUCCAAUCAUGCAGCUGUUUGUGACUGUGGAUCAAUCUGCCCAAGGAAAACUGCAAGGUCUUUGUGGGAAUUUCAAUGGCAUAGAAUGUGAUGAUUUUAAAACAGCUGGUGGGCUGGUAGAAGCUACAGGAUCUGCCUUUGCUAACACUUGGAAAGCACAAGCCACCUGUAAAGACCAAGUGGAUAAUUUGGAAGACCCUUGUGCUCUCAGCGUUGAAAGCGAAAAUUAUGCUGAAUAUUGGUGUUCCUUACUGAAAAAAUCAAAAUCUCCUUUUGCCAGAUGUCACUCAGUCAUUGAUCCUGUGGAAUAUUAUAAGAGAUGUAAAUAUGACACCUGCAACUGUAAGAACAGUGAAGAAUGCUUGUGUGGGGCCCUGUCCUCUUACGCAAGAGCCUGUGCCUUCAAAGGAAUCAUGCUGGGGGGCUGGAGACAAACUGUCUGCAACAAAGAAGUGUCCUCUUGCCCAGCAUCCCAGGUCUUCCGUUACAAUCUGACCACAUGUCAACAUACCUGUCGCUCCAUUGCUGAUGGCGAAAAGCACUGCUUGGAGGGCUUUGUUCCCAUUGAUGGCUGUGGCUGCCCUGAUAACACCUAUAUGAAUGAGAAGAGUAACUGUGUGCCCAUCUCCGAGUGUACAUGCUACUAUAAAGGGUCAUACCUGAAACCUGGGGAUGUCAUCAUGAAACAAGAAGAACGCUGUGUUUGCCGAAAUGGAAUUCUCCAUUGCACUCAAGUGAAGAUAAUAGAUGACAAGUGUCCGUCCCCCAAGAUUCACUUUGAUUGCAGCAGUGUCAAGUCUUGGUCUUCACAAACCCCUCUGCAGCUAAGCUGCCAUAUGCUGGAUACUGACUAUUUCCAGACAGAGUGUGUCUCAGGGUGCAUAUGUCCUCAUGGACUGAUUGAUGAUGGCAGAGGGGGCUGUGUCAAGGAGAAGGACUGUCCAUGUAUUCAUAACAAGCAGUUUUAUGCUCCUGGACACACCGUAGAAGUGGACUGCAACAAAUGUACCUGCCAAAAAGGAAAAUGGACCUGCACCGAUAAUGUGUGCUUUGGGACUUGUACUAUAUAUGGAAGUGGCCAUUAUAUCAGCUUUGAUGGAAAACACUAUGACUUUGAUGGACACUGUGAAUAUGUGGCUGCCCAGGAUUAUUGUGGCGAGGAUCCCAGUGGUUCGUUUAGUAUCAUCACAGUGAAUGUACCAUGUGGAACCACUGGAGUCACCUGUUCAAAGGCUAUUAAAAUAUUUCUAGGGAGAACCGAACUGAAGUUUGAGGACAAGCAAUAUGUAGAAAUUCAGCGAGAUGUUGGCCACCAUAUACAGUAUCGGAAUCAUACAGUGGGGCUCUAUCUUGUUAUUGAAGCCAGCAAUGGUGUGAUGCUCAUCUGGGAUAAGAAGACUACUAUUUUCAUAAGUCUGGUUCCUCAUUAUAAGGGUAAAAUCUGUGGUUUGUGUGGCAACUUUGAUGACACGUCCAAUAAUGACUUCACAACAAGGAACGGGCUGCUGGUGACCAAUCCUCUGGAGUUUGGUAAUUCUUGGAAACUGUCUAACUCCUGCCCUGAUGUGGUGGAUGAGAUCCUGCCCUGCAAUCUGAAACCUCACCGCAAGUCCUGGGCAGAGAAUCAGUGCCGCAUCAUCCGGAGCGAUGUCUUUAAAGAUUGUCACACCAAGGUGGACCCUGCUCCAUUCUAUGAAAAUUGUGUUCAUGAUGCCUGCUCCUGUGACAGUGGUGGAGACUGUGAGUGCUUCUGUUCUGCAGUUGCUGCUUAUGCCCAUGAGUGCAAUAAGACUGGAGUUUGUGUCUUCUGGAGAACUCCUAAUAUAUGCCCAAUAUUUUGUGAUUACUACAACCAGCGUAAUGAGUGCGAAUGGCACUAUGAGCCUUGUGGCCGUCAUAUUGUGACCUGCAGGAUCAUUAACAAUGUCAUCUCCAACUUCCCAUUGCCAUAUCUGGAAGGUUGCUACCCCAGAUGCUCUGGAGAUAAAUCCAUUUUUGAUGAAGACUCCAACACAUGUGUAUCCGAAGACCAAUGUGGCUGUUAUAUUAGAAAUGGCACUCGUUAUCACGUUGGCGAAGAAGUACCCACAGACAAAGUUUGUCAGAAAUGUAUCUGCGUCUCAACAGGAAAUAUUGUGUGCAGAACUGACCCAGCCUGCUCAUCAACCACUACACCCCCUUCUACCACACCCACAACCACUACCACCAUCACCACAACCACGCCAACAACCACUACACCCCCUACUACCACACCCACAACCACCACCACCACCAUCACCACAACCACGCCAACAACCACUACAACUACCACUGUGUCAACUUCAAUGACUACACCAGGUUGUUGUUGGUCCGACUGGAUUGAUGUGAGUUACCCAAAAUAUGGCAUACACGGUGGUGAUUAUGAAACCUAUGAGAAAAUCAGAGAAUGGAACGCCUCAGCGAUAUGUGAGAAUCCACUAAAUAUUUCAUGCAGAGCACAGCUAUUGCCUGGCGUCCCCAUUAAAGAUUUAGGACAAAAAGUGACAUGUAAUGUUUCCACUGGGCUUAUCUGUAAUAAUAAAGACCAAGUACCAGGGGGCAUGAUUCCGAUGCCUAUGUGCCUCAAUUAUGAGAUCAAGGUUUACUGCUGCGGGCAACCAUGCAUCACCACUACCCCAACUACAACCACGACAACUACAACCACUACAAUCAGCACCACGGAGCCUCCAACCACCACAACGACAACCACUGAGCCUCCAACCACGACAACUACAACCACUGAGCCUCCAACCACCACAACGACAACCACUACAAUCAGCACCACUGAGCCUCCAACCACCACAACUACAACUACUGAGCCUCCAACCACCACAACGACAACCACUGAGCCUCCAACCACCACAACUACAACCACUGAGCCUCCAACCACCACAACGACAACCACUACAAUCAGCACCACUGAGCCUCCAACCACCACAACUACAACCACCGAGCCUCCAACCACCACAACGACAACCACGGAGCCUCCAACCACGACAACGACAACCACGGAGCCUCCAACUAUGACAACUACAACCACUGAGCCUCCAACCACCACCACAACAACCACUACAACCAGCACCACAGAACCUACAACCACCACAACGACAACCACUACAACUACAACCACGGAGCCUCCAACCACCACAACUACAACCACUGAGCCUCCAACCACCACAACGACAACCACUACAACCAGCACCACUGAGCCUCCAACCACCACAACGAUAACCACUGAGCCUCCAACCACGACAACUACAACCACUGAGCCUCCAACCACCACAACGACAACCACCACACCAACAACCACUACAACUAGCACUGUGCCACCAUCGACUACUACAACAGGAACCACAACCAAUAUUCCAACAAAUUGUUGUUGGUCCGACUGGAUUGAUGUAAGUUACCCAAAACCUGGCAUACACGGUGGUGAUAAUGAAACCUAUGCCAAAAUCAGAGAAUGGAACGCCUCAGCGAUAUGUGAGCAUCCACUAAAUAUUUCAUGCAGAGCUCAGAAAUUCCCUGACUACUCUAUUGAAGUUUUAGGACAAAAAGUGAAAUGUGAUGUUUCCACUGGGCUUAUCUGUUAUAAUAAAGACCAAGUACCAGGGGGCAUGAAUCUGAUCCCUGUGUGCCUCAAUUAUGAGAUCAAGGUUUACUGCUGCGGGCAACCGUGCAUCACCACUACCCCAACUACAACCACGACAACUACAACCACUGAGCCUCCAACCACCACAACUACAACCACUGAGCCUCCAACGACCACAACGACAACCACUACAAUCAGCACCACGGAGCCUCCAACCACCACAACGACAACCACUGAGCCUCCAACCACGACAACUACAACCACUGAGCCUCCAACCACCACAACGACAACCACUACAAUCAGCACCACUGAGCCUCCAACCACCACAACUACAACUACUGAGCCUCCAACCACCACAACGACAACCACUACAAUCAGCACCACUGAGCCUCCAACCACCACAACUACAACUACUGAGCCUCCAACCACCACAACUACAACUACUGAGCCUCCAACCACCACAACGACAACCACUACAAUCAGCACCACGGAGCCUCCAACCACCACAACUACAACUACUGAGCCUCCAACCACCACAACUACAACUACUGAGCCUCCAACCACCACAACGACAACCACUGAGCCUCCAACCACCACAACGACAACCACCGAGCCUCCAACCACCACAACGACAACCACGACAACUACAACCACGGAGCCUCCAACCACGACAACGACAACCACGGAGCCUCCAACCACGACAACUACAACCACAGAGCCUCCAACUACGACAACUACAACCACUGAGCCUCCAACCACCACCACAACAACUACUACAACCAGCACCACUGAGCCUCCAACCACCACAACUACAACCACGGAGCCUCCAACCACCACAACUACAACCACUGAGCCUCCAACCACAACAACGACAACCACUGAGCCUCCAACCACCACAACGACAACCACUGAGCCUCCAACCACGACAACUACAACCACUGAGCCUCCAACCACCACAACGACAACCACUACAAUCAGCACCACUGAGCCUCCAACCACCACAACGACAACCACCGAGCCUCCAACCACCACAACGACAACCACCGAGCCUCCAACCACCACAACGACAACCACGACAACGACAACCACGGAGCCUCCAACCACGACAACGACAACCACGGAGCCUCCAACCACGACAACGACAACCACAGAGCCUCCAACCACGACAACUACAACCACUGAGCCUCCAACCACCACCACAACAACUACUACAACCAGCACCACUGAGCCUCCAACCACCACAACUACAACCACGGAGCCUCCAACCACCACAACUACAACCACUGAGCCUCCAACCACCACAACAACAACCACUACAACUAGCACCACUGAGCCUCCAACCACCACAACUACAACCACUGAGCCUCCAACCACCACAACUACAACCACUGAGCCUCCAACCACCACCACAACAACUAUUACAACCAGCACCACUGAGCCUCCAACCACCACAACUACAACCACGGAGCCUCCAACCACCACAACUACAACCACGGAGCCUCCAACGACAACAACUACAACCACUGAGCCUCCAACCACCACAACGACAACCACGACAACUACAACCACUGAGUCUCCAACCACAACAACUACAACCACUGAGCCUCCAACCACCACAACUACAACCACUGAGCCUCCAACCACCACAACGACAACCACCACACCAACAACCACUACAACUAGCACUGUGCCACCAUCGACUACUACAACAGGAACCACAACCAAUAUUCCAACAAAAACAACUACCCCACAGACGCCUACCACCACCAUCACAUCGACAACUACCUCAGAGAUACCUACAACCCCAUUCAAACUCCCAUGUAUUUCACCUAAUAAGACUGUCAUUCCACCAGGUGAAAGCUACUGGCCAUGUAACUGCACUGAGUUAAUAUGCGUUAACAAUGACACAUGGACGCUGGUUACGACUGAAUGUGAACGUCCUCCUAAGCCCACUUGUAUCAAUGGGCUGGCUCCUGUGCUCGUGCAGGGUGAAUGCUGUUGGCACUGGGAGUGUGACUGCUAUUGCACUGGCUGGGGAGACCCACAUUAUGAGACGUUUGAUGGACAGUACUAUAGCUACCAAGGGAAUUGUACGUAUGUCCUGGUGGAAGAGAUUAACAAAAAGAUUGACAACUUUGGGGUCUACAUUGACAACUAUCACUGCAUUGCACAAGACAGAGUGUCCUGUCCACGCACACUCAUCGUGAAACACGAGACCCAGGAAGUGCACAUAAAGACUAUCACAAUGAUUCCUCUCAAAGUACAGGUGACGGUAAACAGUCAGGAAGUGGCUACACCUUAUGAAAAAUACGGCGUGAGAGUCUUUAAGUCAGGCAUAAAUCAUGUAGUGGAAAUUUCUAGACUUGGGGUAAAUGUAACCUAUAAUGGAUUGGCUUUCUCAAUUAGAUUGCCCUACCAGAAGUUUGGCAACAACACCCAAGGACAGUGCGGCACUUGUACCAACAACACAGCAGAUGACUGCAUGUUACCCAAUGGAAAGAUCAUAGAUAACUGUGAAACAAUGGCAGAUCAUUGGGUGAUUAAUGACCCGGAAAAGCCACACUGCUAUCCAUCCCCAAUUCCUACAAAGGUACCUCCUGUCACUCCACCAUCCUGCAAACCAUCCGAUCUCUGCAAGCUCAUUAAAGAAGGCCCGUUCAAAGCAUGCCAUCCCUUUGUCAAACCUGACCACUACUAUGCAGCCUGCGUUUUUGACAGCUGCGCUCUUCCCAACUCUAAAUUGGAGUGUGCAACUUUGCAAAACUACGCUGCUCUCUGCGCUGAUCAGGGGGUCUGUGUUGAUUGGAGAGGCCAUACUCGUGAUAUCUGCCCGCUUAAGUGCCCAUCACACAAAGUAUACAAAGCAUGUGGUCCUAUUGAAGAGGUGACCUGCAAGUCAAGCCAAGUUGCACAAAACCAAACCAGUCAUGUGGAAGGCUGCUUCUGUCCUGCUGGAACAAUGCUUUAUGGUGAUGGUGUGGAUGUCUGUGUAAAAACCUGCGGGUGUGUUGGACCAGAUGAUAAACCAAGAAAGUUUGGGGAAAUUUUUGAGUUUGACUGUAAGAGAUGCAUUUGCCUGGAGGGUGGAAAUGGCAUUAGCUGUGAGCCCCUCAAAUGUCCAGAGCAAGAGGAUAAACCAAGCUGCAGUGAUGAAGGCUUUUACGAGGUCACUGAAGUCAGUCCUGACAACAUCUGCUGCAGCAUAACUUCCUGCAGAUGCAACGCAAGCUUUUGCACAACCACACCUCCUAAAUGUAAAAUUGGUUACGAACUUGUUUCCGAUAUUGCCACUGGCAAGUGCUGUCCUACGUAUAAGUGCGUUCCCAAGAAGGUCUGUGUGCUUCAGAAUGCUGAGUACCUGCCUGGUUCCCCAGUCUUUGCUGAUAAGUGCCAUGAUUGUUUCUGCACUGAGAAAUCGAACAGUAGUGGUCUGAAUGCUAUUUCAUGCAAGCACAUUCCAUGCAAUGAAAGAUGCCAGCCAGGAUAUGAACUUAAAGAUGUGAAAGGGGAAUGCUGUCCAAAAUGCGUGCAGACCAAGUGUGUUGUAAAUAAGGUUGACAGCACCGUCCUCGUCCUGAGUCCUAAUACAAGGGAAAACGAUCCAAAAGACAACUGCACCGUUUACAGCUGUGUGUCGCUCAAAGGUCAGCUCAUCUCCUCCACCUCAAAGAUUACCUGCCCAUCGUUCAAUGAGGACAAUUGUAAAGCUGGCACUGUUACACUGCUGCCUGAUGGUUGCUGUAAAAUAUGCAUCCCUCAAGAUAGCCCAUCACCAUGUUCUGUCACCCAAAUCGCGGACUAUAUCACCCAUAACGGCUGCCGUUCUGUGGAUAAAGUCUACCUGACUCAAUGUGAAGGAUCAUGCAAAACCCUCUCAUUAUACUCUGCUGAGGCCAACUCCAUGCAGCACAAGUGUUCCUGCUGCAGGGACGCAGCGACUAGCGAGAAGCAAGUUCUACUGCAAUGCCCCAACGGGAAAUCUGUGGUGCACAAGUACCUGCAUGUGGACCGUUGUGAAUGUCUUGACACUGAGUGCACAGAACACAGCUCCACAGAAAAGCCAAAGGAAAGUGGAGAAGAGAGUCCCAUCGAACGUGUCAAGCGGGCCAUUCAGAAAAUAUUGAAAUGAAGGGGAGAAAAGUAAUGGCGCACAGAAAAAAAGUACAAGGAGGGUCUAUGCACCAGUCUAAUCUUCCAAGAGUGAUUCAAUGCUUUGCCUUUUCUCACUUCCUCCUCUUCUGUGCCCUCUCUGACUAUUUGUAAUUGUGCUCUAUUUAUUUGUAUACAAAAGAGACAGUCUCUUUUGUUUAGUUUUAAGUUAGUUUCUUUUGCUUUAAAUGAUUAAAAAUUCAUUUCAG